AUGAUUAAUGUUCCAAGUACAUUAAAUAUUCUUCUUCGACAUGUUCGUUCUCUUAUUCCAUUUGUUAUUGUUUUACUAAAUACUCGUCAAGCACUUGAAUUAAUUCAUAUUUGGUCAACAUCAUCACAUGAACGUAGCCGUGUUAUCGCAUUUGUUUGUUUAUUUCAUUCAAUACGUGAACAUCGAAAUGAAAUGAUUGGUGCUGUUUUACAAAAAAUAUUUUUGUAUUAUUUGAAAAAUUGCAAAUUUACAUCAACAACAACACUUCCAUUAAUUGAUUUUAUGCAAAGAUCAGUACUUGAACUUUAUUCACUUGAUUCAACAGUUACUUAUCAAGAUGGUUUUGUUUUUCUUCGACAUCUUGCUGUUCAUUUACAUGUAACUGUUCAAAACAAAAACCAUUAUUAUCCAACAUUAAAACGUCAUUCACAUGAUGAUGAACAAAUUGUAGAAACUAAAUCAUUUGACAAUAUAGAACCUCAAAUAAAACUACGUUCAAUUGGUUCAUCUUCAUCUAUACCAUCAUUUAAAAUGCAACAACAAACAACAAAUGAAUCGACUAUUGGUGUACCUAGUUGA